AUGAGCCCACCCCAGAAAUGCGCGGCGGUUGUCGUGGGAGCUGGUCCGGCCGGUCUGGCUGUCAUGGGCAAUCUGCUGGAGAAACAGCUCGGGGGUAAAAUCGCCUGGGUUGACCCUUAUUUUCAAGCGGGCCGAGUACAUCGGAAAUACCGUGAAGUACCCAGCAACACCAAAGUAUCCUUCUUCCAGGCAUAUGCAACGGCCGUGCAGCCGUUCCGCUCUGUCAUCAACAGCACCCGCAUUCCCAGUCCGUUCUCGACGAUGGCCAAGCUGGACCCCGAGAAGACCUGUCAUCUGCACCACGCCGCCGACGUGGUCCGGGCCCUGACCGACGGCAUCGUCAAGAUGGACCAGGUUCUGGCGUGUCGGGGCGCGGUCACGGCCGCCAACCUGGCUGAAACGACCUUGCAAUGGACGGUUCGAAUCACACUCCAGGACCAUCGCGAAAUCGAGGUCCUCACACCCCGUCUGAUCCUCUGCACGGGGGCUUCCCCGACAGAACUCCCCAUCCCCACCCUGGACGACAACCACCACAUCGAACGGCUGGACCUGGAUGUAGUGCUGAAACCCAGCGAUCUCGUCUCGUACUUGCCGCGGGACAUGCCACAGACGAUAGCCGUCGUGGGCGCAUCCCACAGCGCCAUCCUGGCGCUCCUGAACCUGGUCGAGCUGGCCCGCACCACGCACCCGCACCUCCGCAUCAAGUGGUUCACGCGGCACGCGCUGCGGUACGCCGAGUACAAGGACGGGUGGAUCCUGCGCGACAACACCGGCCUGAAAGGCCAGGCGGCGGAUUUCGCGCGCCAGCAGCUGGAAGACGCGAUGCUGCCGCACUCCGAGGCCGGCCGCUUCAUCACCAAGAUCGACUGCGGCAACGGCCAGGAGCCCGCCCAGUACCGCCGCCAUCUGCCGUCGUGCUCGCACCUCGUCCAGGCCGUCGGCUUCACGCGCGACCCGCUCCCCGAGCUGUCGGUCAACGGGUGUGCUCUGGACCCGGUGUUUGAUCCCGUUUCGGGAGGGUUCCAUGACGGCCGUGGACGGGCGGUGUCGGGGCUGUAUGGGGCGGGCAUUGCGUUCCCGGAACGGGUGGUCGAUCCGUAUGGCAAUGUGGAGAGUGCAGUUGGGUUCUUCAAGUUUAUGAAGUUCAUCAGGCGGGUGAGUCCGCAGUGGGUGGCGUUGCAGUGA